UUGAAGAGUCCGGCUGCGUUCCACGAACAGAGGAAAAGUCUCGAGCGAUCCAAGACUGGAGAUUAUUUAAAGCACAAAAUCAGAAGUCGACCAGAGAAAUCUGAGCUUGUCAACAUGCGUAUUCUACAAGUGAACCAUGGGAAGUUGGCGCAGCAGGAGGACUCGUACGCAUUUAAGGAGGACAGCAGCAGUGAGAGUCUGUCUCCAGAUCAGCUGCACAGUGAAGAGUCGCAGUGUUCAGCUGAAGCGCUUACAGAGAACAAGAGCUCACCGGCACUCACCAACACUGAUCACGGGUCUCAGAGCGAAGACGGCAGCACUCAGAACCAGGAGGAGAACAUGACGAACAGCCAGGAAACACCUCCGAUUCCCGUUCCUGCACCAAGUAUGGGUCACCAUACUUGGCCGUCCGGUGAGCAGCAGUCGUCGUGUGCGUCCAGUGUUCAGAGCAGCAGCAGCUCGUCGUCUCCAGUGAAGAGCAGCUCCUGUAACCCGUCCAUCAGCCCCCUCAGAACCGGACCGCUGCCCGCCGACCUGGACGACCUGAAGGUGUCUGAACUCAGGCAGCAGCUGCGCAUGCGUGGUCUGGCCGUGUCUGGCACUAAGACUGCGCUCAUCGAGCGGCUGCGGCCCUUCAGAGACUCCAGCUGCGCUUCUCCAGCCGCGUUCCCCGUGACGCCCACCGGAUCGCUCUCGUCCUACCACUUCUACCCGUUCUGCAGCAGCGGCUCCACGCCGCCCAUCUCUCCGGCCUCGUCCGAGCUCUCCGUCAGCAGCUUCAGCGACGCCACCGUGUCCUCGCCGCAGUUCGGCCUGAGCGCAGACGAGGGACCGGACCCCGAGAAGGACAAGAUGCUGGUGGAGAAGCAGAAGGUGAUCGAGGAGCUGAGGUGGAAGCUGCAGCAGGAGCAGAGGCAGGUGGAGGAGCUGCGCUUGCAGCUGCACAAGAGGAAGCGGAUGCAGGACUGUCCCGCUCCACAUCUGCAGCAGUUCUACGGUGUGUCCGUCAAGCAGGAGCAGAUGGAAGGUGGCUGCAUGGCUCACUGCGAUCUCCUGGAGCUGCAGUCGUCUGGAAGCCCCGCCGGUCUGUCUGCGCUCCUGAGCCCUCAGUGUUCUCCUGAAGAUUCGCGCGUCACCAAACCCUCCAGCAGCCCCCCGUCGCCAGACUCACACACGCUGCUGCAGAGCGCAAGCAGAGGCACGCGCAGCACACAGCUGCAGCAGAAGAGCUGCUCGUAUCCACCUGACCAGAGAAACCUGCAGACGCUUUACCAUCAGAGUCCAUCAGAGAACAGCGUCAGCGCCAGGGGAUCCACCAGAGCCAAGAGUGCCGGCAGACAGCAGAACGAGGCUCUGUCUCUCUCUCCGCGGCACGUUGAGCCCAAGUCUCCCACAUCCAGCACUGCCUUCUGUAGCUCAGAUCCUCCUGCCUCCGGCAGCAAAGGGCCGCCGCGUUAUGAGGAUGCUGUGAAACAGCAGAUGUCAUGCAGCCAGCAGAUGGACGAGCUUCUAGACGUCCUCAUCGAGAGUGGAGAAAUGCCAGCUAACGCCAAAGAAGAGCGGUCUCCUGUAACCAAAGUUGUGCCUCACCUUACAGUUUCGCCCAAGUUCCACCGACACUACAGUCAGGUGUCGCCCUCCAUGCUGUGGUCCGAUCACGGAGACGCUCACCUGGAGCCGCUGCUGAGCCGGACGCAAGGAGACGCGGCGCUCCUGAAGAUGCCUGCUGAGGACGGAUUCACAAAGAUCUCAGCGGGCACCGCCGAGGGUCACGGCCUCGGAAUGACCUUCGCGGAGUCGCCGUGGGAGACGAUGGAGUGGCUGGAUCUGAUUCCGCCCAGCUCUGCCAACGCCUCCCACAGCGGCCUGCCUCCGUCUGGACCGAGCAUCUUCAACACGGAGCUCCUGGACGAGACCGACAUCAGCCUGCACCUGGAGCACUGCUUUGUUUCUUCUGGAAUGUAAUUCGUAUGACAGAAAGCGUUAGUAUUGCUUGGCCACUGAACAACAUCACCAUAUAACCGGACCCAGUAUUUGUCUCCACCACUGUAUUACUGUACCAGAUCUCAAUAAACAAACGUAAAA